CUUUCUUCUAAUCACUAGACACUGUGCUAGGUUGCAGGAUAUACAAAGAUAAAGGAGAAGUAGACUAAAACAUAUAAAAUGACUUGGAACAGAACUCGCUUGUAUGUAGGUGACUUACUGUAUAAUAAAUCAGUGAUCUAGUAAAAAAAGAAAAAAAAAAGAUAUAUAACUGAGAAGUGGUCCUUGACUUGGUGGUCUAGUAGACAGGUAAACAAAUAUGUGUAAGAAAGCAUCAGAUUUCCUAUAAUAGAAAUCUGUUUGCUAUGCACACAAAGAAGAUGGUGGACAGAAAAAAGGGUGUAGAAGAGGUGACAUUCAUGCUCAAUAUUGAAACUGUUCAUUAAUCACUUGAGCCUGCACUUAUUGGAGAACUGAUUGUUAGGAUUCCUUGCUGACAUAUUGCACCUCCAGUACAGAGCAGAGAUGAUUACAGACUUGAGCCACUUUUGUUCAGUGGAAAGAUGAGAAAAAUAAUGUCCAAAAUGUUAAAGUUCAGAACGUUAAAGAAUGCCUGUUAUACAAUGAACAUGAAUAUUCCAGAGACUAAUGCUCAAAUUCCCAGGUUACUUGUCUGUCUUUCUUACUAGACUGUUAACUCCUUGAAGGCAAAGAUCUUGAGUGUAUCCUGUGCACUCUUGGAUUGUCCCAACUUGGCUCAGUAGGGACAGUAAAAAAUUGUUAUAUAAAUUGUUAAAUAGAUGUUCCCCAAAUCCCUCCCAUGUCAAAAAUGGAAAAAUCUUUAACAAAUGUCCUGGUGAUUGUUUUUCUUUCACAUCUAUGGACAGUCUGAAAUGGACCAAAAAAAAAAAAAAACCAAAAACUACAUAACCUUGUCUGCUUUCAAAUAAAACGGUCAGUUUUGUCAUUCUCUCUUUUCUUCAGGAGAAAUUAUUUGAAGGUUUGGAAAAAAGGGGGUGUCUCGGUAGCGGAUAAUUGAUUCUCUCUGAAACAGAGAUGGCAUCUACAAAUUGCUGUGAUCUAGAGAUGAAGACAAGAUCAUACGUAACUCUAGAGCAGAGCUCUUUGGCUGAAGUCAUACAGCAGUGGUCUGGAAAGGCUCUGGGCUUGGGUGCAUCCUGGUGCUUUGAGAGUUCCGAUACGUCAAGAGGAGAUGGAGCAGUUGUCUACUCCGCUUUCUUGAGCACACGUCAGCAUUUAACUGAGUUCCAGUAUUUAGGGAACUCUGCUUGGAGGUGGUGAAGAGGAUUGUUCCUCUUCUCUGGAACAAUCCUACAAAGUCCCGGAUGGCAGUGCCAACUUGGGGAUGGUUUGAUUUGCAUGGAUUCGGCAUAGAAAAAGGGCCUGUCAUUCAAGGGGAAUUAGAAGCUGUAACCACCAGGAAGUAGCGCCUGAGUCAACCUCUUUCCCAGGGCAGCGCUCCGAAGACCACUCGAGCCAGGGGUGGCGGCCCUCUGAAGAUGGGGCCCCCGGGCUCGGCCUCAGCAUAGGCACACGUGACGCGCUUGUGGGCGUUGAGUGACAGGCGCGGCCUUGGGCGGGCAUUGGCGGAAAUCAACUUCCGGGGGCAGAGGUGCUGGAAGCCGGGUGGUGCGUGGUGCACUUAAAGCAUGGAUGAUGAUGAUUUUGGUGGUUUUGAGGCUGCAGAGAUUUUUGCUGGUGGAAAUGGUGAAACCCAAACUACAUCUCCUGCCAUUCCUUGGGCUGCUUUUCCUACAGUAUCUGGAGUCCAUCUUUCUCCAGCCUCUCCUGAGAUUGUAUUGGACCAUGACCACACUUCUCCUUCGGUUGGCUGCCUCUCUUCUGAGCCCAUCAUUUCAUCACCAGAGAAUACACAUGCAGACAACAGCAUUGUCAGUCAAACUUUUCCUAAAGCACAGAUUCAGCAAUCAACACACACUCAUCUGGAUAUCUCACUUUUUCCGUUGGGUUUAACUGAGGAGAAAAGUAAUGGAACAAUUGCUCUUGUGGAUGAUUCUGAGGAUCCUGGAGCCAAUGUAUCAAACAUACAGCUUCAGCAGAAAAUUUCAAGUCUGGAGAUGAAACUCAAAGUCUCUGAAGAAGAAAAACAGAGAAUUAAAAAGGAUGUGGAAUCAUUGAUGGAAAAACAUAGUGUCUUGGAAAAAGAUUUCCUUAAAGAAAAAGAGCAAGAGGCCAUUUCUUUUCAAGAUAGAUACAAAGAACUUCAGGAAAAACAUAAACAAGAAUUGGAAGACAUGAGGAAAGCUGGUCAUGAAGCCCUCAGCAUUAUUGUGGAUGAAUAUAAGGCACUACUGCAGUCUUCAGUUAAGCAACAAGUAGAAGCUAUUGAAAAACAGUACAUUUCUGCAAUAGAGAAACAAGCACACAAGUGUGAGGAGUUGUUAAAUACUCAGCAUCAGAGGCUCCUUGAAAUGCUUGCCACAGAGAAGGAACUGUUAAAAGAAAAAAUAAAGGAAGCUUUGACUCAGCAAUCUCAAGAACAGAAGGAAAUAUUGGAAAAAUGUUUGGAGGAAGAAAGGCAAAGAAAUAAAGAAGCAUUAGUAUCUGCUGCAAAGCUUGAGAAAGAAGCAAUGAAGGAUGCAGUUUUAAAAGCUAUAGAAGAAGAAAGAAAAAAUUUGGAAAAAGCCCAUGCAGAAGAACGGGAGUUAUGGAAGACUGAGCAUGCAAAAGAUCAAGAGAAAGUAUCUCAGGCAAUUCAAAGAGCUAUACAAGAGCAAAGAAAAAUUAGUCAGGAAACUGUUAAGGCAGCAAUAAUAGAAGAGCAAAAGCGAAGUGAACAGGCUGUGGAAGAGGCAGUGAAGAGAACAAGAGAUGAAUUGAUAGAGUAUGUAAAGGAACAGAAAAGGCUUGAUCAAGUCAUCCGCCAAAGAAGCCUGUCCAGUUUGGAACUGUUCCUCUCUUGUGCUCAGAAACAGUUAAGUGCUUUAAUAGCUACGGAACCAGUUGACAUUGAAUAAAGAGAACGUGACAAGCUAACCCACACUGGCAAUGGAUAAAUCAUUAGACUCUAAAUACAUGCUGUGAAUUAUAAAGAUGCUUUUGUUUUCUUUCCAAACCUUGGAAAAUUGAUUUCCACUUCAAGGAUAAACCAAAACAGUAUUUAGAAGAACUACAAGAGAUCUAAUUUAUUUUCUUUUGUUUUCUCCUUUACAUUUACUAUUAUUUUAUUAGCAGUAGUAGUAGCAGCAACAAAAAGUAUGAUGUGACCCCAAAACCAUUGAAAAUUACCAGAUUACCAAAAGUUAAUUAAGUAAACUUUGUAGCCUCUGGUGCCCUGUUACAUUGUAUUUGGCAAAAAUAGUAAAUAUUUUUUACUUAUUGUUUCACAAUGACUUGAUAAGAUUCUAGGAUGUCAUCAUACAUUUAUUUGAUUUUGAGGAUAGAAACAGCAUGGUUUUCAACAUCACCUAUUUAUCUAUAUAACUUAUAUAUGAAACACUGAUAUGACAGAGAAUUAUUCUGAUAUUACCAAACCUCUUUUCUGUAGUGGGAUCUAUGUAUUUUCAUUGGUAACAAUUAACAACACUAAAGAUUAUUAAAUUAAUUCAACUUUGAUCUGAUGUACCAUUUAAAGGAAUAUAUGUGUUUAAUGUGCUUAUUUCUUUUUUUCAAAGUCACUAUGAAUCAAUAAAAUCGUUUUUCUUAUGAAUAAUACCAUGAACUUAAUCUCUAGAAAGAGAAUAUAACUUAGCCAUGUAUAGGGAUUCGGGUUCAAAUAUAAGAGAUGUGAAAUACUUUCCCAGUACUUCAGAAGGUACUUAAUUCAUGAGCAGCGUGCGUCAAUGUGAAAUCAUGAGUUUUGUUUUGUUUUUUUCAAACAUCAAAACUAAAAUAUCAUUACAAAUGUAUACAAACCUUCUGUCUUGUUUUCUGAAAUGCUCCUACUUUCAUAGGCUUUGUACUUUUCUGAGAAUUUCUCAGUGUAAUAAAAAAGAGCUUCAAAUCUUA